AUGAGAGGACUCCUGCAGUUGUACCGGGGCCUGUGCUCCCGGGGCAGCCGUCAAGUGAGGCCAAACGCUGCGGUUGUCGGUUCUCGCUGCGGGUUUUGCGGAACUAAUAGCAAGCCGCAGCCAGGCUUUGGCUUGUUGUUUGACAUUGAUGGUGUGCUGCUGAGGGGAAGAACGCUGAUCCCUGCUGCUAAAAAGGCUUUUGAGAAGUUGGUGGACUCACAAGGACAGUUUGUAGUGCCACUGGUUUUUGUGACAAAUGCAGGGAAUUGCCUAAGGCAAACAAAAGCAGAUCAGCUUUCGCACAUCCUCGGAGUACAAAUCACACAAGAUCAAGUCAUUAUGUCUCAUAGUCCAUUAAGGAUGUUCAAGAAAUUCCAUGACAAGUGUGUGCUGGUGUCAGGUCAAGGACCAGUUCUGGAAAUUGCAAAAAAUCUUGGCUUCAAUAACGUCAUCAGUAUUGACAUGCUGAGGGAAUCAUUCCCACUUUUGGACAUGGUGGACCACAACAGGAGACCGAAACUACCGUCCAAUCCUGUUGGUAACUUACCUAAGGUUGAGGCGGUGGUUCUGUUCGGUGAGCCAAUUCGAUGGGAGACCAAUCUUCAACUCAUCGUUGAUGUUUUGCUCACCAAUGGCAAUCUCAGUAGCCUUCAUCAAGCCCAAAAUAUACCUCACCUGCCGCUGUUAGCUUGCAACAUGGAUUUGCUGUGGAUGGCCGAGGCACAGUCUCCAAGAUUUGGCCACGGCACAUUUCUUGUGUGCUUGGAAAAUAUCUAUAAGAAGAUCACAGGUAAAGACCUCAAGUAUGAGGCUCUGAUGGGAAAACCAAGUGAGCUGACCUACCAUUUUGCCGAGUUUCUUAUCCGAGGGCAGGCUAUGCAGAGGCAGUGGAAGCGUCCCAUCACAUCCCUUUAUGCUAUAGGGGAUAAUCUAAUGACUGACAUCUAUGGGGCUAAUUUGUACAACCGCUACCUGGAGGUUAGAGUUUCAAGAAAGAGCCCCAAAGCCAUCGCCAAGAUGGCUGCCACCACAGGUUCCACCACUACAGUGCCCGCAGAGGAUUUCGUUGACAACAUUUGGGAGAGUGAGUUUGCGGUGCCUGCCGCCACGUCCUGUAAGUCUGUCUUGGUUUGCACGGGUGUCUACAACCCUACAGCAGAGGUGCCAUCUGACGCGAGUCGCUGCAUCAAAGAGACAGUGUUUCACGGUCACCGGGACUUUCGCUUUGACCCUGCGCUGGUGGAGCCAGGUUGCAUCGUGCAGGAUGUGGCUGAAGCUGUUGAGCUCAUUUUUGAGAAGGAAAAGUUUGUGCCUCAGUAG